AUGGCUUCAAAUGGCUCUCCAUGUAAAAGGCCCGCUGUGAAGAGAAGCUUGAGCUCAUUAAGCUCACAGAUCAAUGAAUGGAAUGAAAGUAAUAGCGGAAACGGUAUUGCGAACAUUAAUGCAAAAAAAGCCAAACCAAUGUCAUCUUCUAUUAGAAAAUCAAGUUAUCAAGAACCCCAGGUUAUCAUGAACGGUACACAAGAUUUCAUGCCUUGGUACAUGAAAUAUGAACCUAAGGUGGUUGAUGAAGUAGCGAUACACAAGCUUAAAUUAAAAGAGGUGACUACCUUACUACAGCCUAUGCUGGAAGGAAAAAGUAAUACAAGAAUAAUUCUUUUAUCAGGACCAUCUGGAAGCUCAAAAAGCACUCUCAUAAAGUUGUUGGCAAACGAGUUUGUCCCAAAGUUCAGAUCGAGGCCAUUGAACUCCAUGACAAAGAACAGUCAGGAAUUGAAGUCGGUAGUUGAAUAUUGUGGCUCCUCUACUACAGUUGGAACAUCAAAUAUGAAUUCGUUUAAUGAUUUCUUGACUCAGUCAACAUUAAGAGUAGGUUCUAAUCUAUCGCUGUUGCUAGUAGAGGAUCUACCGAAUGUCUUUCACGCAGAUACAAGGUUGAAUUUUCAAAAAACACUCCUAAGAUGGCUCUACAGUGAGGAUAAAAAGCUUCCACCACUGGUGAUCUGUUUAACAGAAUGUGAGAUUCACAGUAAUUCAUAUUCCGAAAGUUCAUUUAGUGUAGAUAAUCAAUUUAUUGCCGAAACAGUUCUAGGCAAAGAGGUAUUGUCCCACCCUUUCUUAACAAGAGUAAAAUUCAAUCCUAUAAACGCAACAUUAAUGACCAAAUUUCUUAAGAUUAUUGCGAAAAAGGAAAGAGCAUCGUUUUCGGAAUAUAAGUGGAAACAAGUGAACGAUCACAUCAAAGAACUUGCCAGAAAUUGUGGUGAUAUACGAAAUGCUAUUUCAGCACUGGAAUUUUGGGCUACCUCUUCUCUCGAGGGGAUUGGCCCUAGAGGGGAUCUUAUUACUAGAGAGCAAUCUGUGUCAUAUUUCCAUUGCAUUGGCAAAUUGAUAUAUGGAUCAAAAGAGCUCUCAGAUGAUAAUGCCAUGAUAAACGAUCUGAUGGAUUCCACCUCCUCAUUAUUGGGAGAUAACCUUAAAUUGGGAAUCUUAGAAAACUAUAGCACAUUCCAUAAGCAGAAAUUCCCUAUAGCUUGCGCUGAAAAGAUUGUAGAUGCUCUCAGUUUGAGUGAUAUUAUGAGUGACGGAAACUUAUUUACUCAUCUCUCAGAAUCUUUAGAAUAUCCAUGCCGGAAAUUAAGGAACGUAUUCAGUACUCUAUCCUCAACAAGGCCACACCAAGAUCAGUCACCACAUGGACGGCUUUAUUUCCCAAGGGAGUCAAAGAUGAGGAGGGCUCGCGCGAAGUUCGAGCGGGAAGCUGAUGAAUAUCACGAUGUUUCUUUCUACAAAUACCAAGCAUUGCAUUCCUUCAAAGACAUUUGUCACCUCCUUGGAUUUUACGCUCCUUUGAUCAGAAAGAAGCGUGACUUCAAGAAGAAGGUAUUAAAUCACUACUUAUCGACGCUCAAAAAUGACCCACAAGAGUCGCUAGAAAUAAGAUUGAAAAAUAAAGAUGUCCUAAGCAUUGAUGAUGAAGUCGACUUUUUGAAUCGAAUUGGAGGUGACAUAGGUGGCAUCAACUCUGCGCAGGAUGCCGCUGUCUUGGACGAUGAAGUUUCCAUAAGAAAUCUUUCGAAUUUUCGGAAUAAAGGAUUAGAACGUCUUAAGGAAGCGGUUGACAACAGAUGUGGGGAAACUGAGAACGAGAUUGAUGACGAGUUUGAGUUCGACCCUGUUGUCGAUAGUGAUGAUACUACCCGACCUCUGUGUUCUGUUGGAGAUUAUAAUGACGAUGACGAUGAUGAUGACGAUGACGAUGACGAUGACAUUUACGAAAUGCUAGCAUCCCAAUCGCCGCGUAAAUUGCCAACAGUCCCCUGA